ACACGCUGAACCUUGAAACAAACAAACCCGCACGUUAAAUUAAAGAGAAAUCCAAAUUCUGAUCCCAGGUUGUCUUAAUUUCAUUUAUUUUGUCCAAUCGUUCUCAAUUUCAGACAUUUAUUUAAAAUCUUUUCCAACGAAUCCUAAAUUUUUCCAUCCAAUACUUUCCUGCGUUUUCUUAGGAACCGAACAGAUUUUUAUCAACGACCACCACCUUUUGCCAAAUCGUGAUCUAUCUAUAAACUAUUUCUUUCCCCAAAAUACACAGGAAAUCACAGAGAGAGAGAGAGAGAGUGUAGAACAUGCAACAAAGGUUGAAACUUCAGCAACAACAACAAGAAGCCCUAAUGCAACAAGCCCUUCUUCAACAGCCUCACAUGUACCACCCUGGUGUCCUCGCUGCUGCCAUGUCUCAGAUGGAGCCUAUCCCAAGUGGGAAUCUGCCUCCUGGCUUUGACUCGACUACAUGCCGCAGUGUCUAUGUAGGAAAUAUUCAUGUAAAUGUCACCGAGAAGCUUCUUGGUGAAGUUUUCCAGACUGCUGGGCCUCUUGCUGGAUGCAAGCUCAUCAGAAAGGAUAAGUCAUCAUAUGGUUUCGUGGACUACCAUGACCGGACAUCUGCAGCCCUUGCAAUAAUGAAUUUGCAUGGGCGCCAACUUUAUGGUCAGGCACUUAAGGUGAAUUGGGCAUAUACCAAUAACCAGAGGGAGGAUACUUCAGGACACUUCAAUAUAUUUGUUGGUGAUUUGAGUCCAGAGGUUACUGAUGCAACGUUAUUUGCGUGCUUCUCAGUAUAUCCUAGUUGUUCUGAUGCAAGGGUCAUGUGGGAUCACAAAACUGGCCGCUCAAAAGGAUAUGGAUUUGUUGCUUUCCGUAAUCAGCAGGAUGCACAGAGUGCCAUCAAUGACUUGACUGGUAAAUGGCUUGGAAAUAGGCAAAUAAGAUGCAACUGGGCGACCAAAGGUUCUACUUCUAGUGAAGACAGGCAAAUCAAUGAGAAUCAAAAUGCAGUUGUACUUACAAAUGGGUCUUCAGAUGGAAGCCAGGAGAAUAUCAAUGAGGAGGCUCCUGAAAACAAUCCAGCAUACACUACUGUCUAUGUUGGCAACCUUUCCCAUGAGGUAACUCAAGCUGAACUCCAUUGUCAGUUUCAUGCUCUUGGAGCUGGGGUUAUAGAGGAGGUGCGUGUCCAGAGGGAUAAAGGAUUUGGAUUUGUUAGAUACAACACUCAUGAAGAAGCAGCCUCGGCCAUUCAAAUGGCUAAUGGGAGGAUAAUUCGUGGCAAACCCUUAAAGUGCUCGUGGGGUAGCAAGCCAACUCCUCCUGGGACAGCUUCAAAUCCAUUACCUCUUCCAACUCAACCAUAUCAGAUACUUCCAACUGCUAGUAUGAACCAAGGCUAUUCUCCAGCUGAGUUGUUGGCUUAUCAGCGCCAACUUGCUUUAAGUCAGGCUGCUGCAUCUGGCCUCUCAGGUCAAGCUCUCGUGCAGAUGACUGGACAGCAUGGGCUGGCUGCAGGAUCCAUGGGAUUGAGCUCUGGGGGAUCCCAAACAAUUUAUGAUGGAUAUCCUAACAAUUCGUCCGGCCAACAGCUCAUGUACUAUCGUUAGUGGUGUUUUCAGCUGAAUUCUUCCCCUCUUUUGGGUAGUAUUUAUAGUAAAUCGUUUUUCUCUUGGUUUUUGUCAGUAUACUAUGGGCUUUCUGCUUGAGAUGUGAAUCAUUCUUCAAUAACUUUAAAUUUUUGAUACCUUAUGUUGUAUCCUGUAAGAUAUGUUCUGUUUGGCUUUGUAACAGGGUCUUCUUUUGGAUUUUGUUUCCUCAUUCAUGUCAAUUGCACGUGGAUUGCUGUAACUUUUCAUGUUAACAACAUUUAUCACAUUUUCCCCAGUUCCUUGAA